ACAAUCAAAUUAAAAUAAAAUGCCAAAAAGUGGACCACCUACAAAUCCAGGUGCGGAAAUAUUAAUUUUAAGUUCAGAAAAGUUUGUAAUAAAUGUAAAUCCGCAAAACCAGUGUUAGAGGAAAAAAAGGUAAAAAUUAUGGGUCGUGAAUUAGGAGAGAAGGCAGCUGAAUUUUCUAACGGAUUGUUUAGCGCUAAAGACUGGGCUUGCUCUGCUUGUGGGAACAUAAACUUUGCUCGCCGGUUAGCUUGUAACAUUUGUGGGGUUCAAAAGUUUAAAGCCGUCGAAGAUCGUUCAGGAGUCGGUGGUGGGUUUAACGAUAGAGAAGGUCUCGAGUAUAAAGAAGUUAUUGUUGAAGAAGGCGAAUACGACGAAUUUGGUCGUAAAAAGAAAAGAAAAAGAAAUACCACUGCUCGUAUUGCUGAUCCAUUAGAAGGAGGGAUGGAUACUGGAAAUAUGAAUACCAAAUCCACUACUGAUUUUCUAAAGGAAAAUCACCCACAGGGUUUACAUGGGAAUCCAAAAUCUGAUUCCCAGUCAAGAUCGCGCUCCCCCGUGAAAUGUAAAGACCAUAAAUAUACUUCCCGUCGACGAUCAUCUUCAAGAUCUUCAUCCCGAACUCGCUUGAAAGACUCGAGAAGCCGCUCAAGAUCGCGAUCUUUUUCAAGAAGCUCUUGAAUAUUGUUUUAUU